UGUCCUGAGGAAGAGAGAGAGCGCGCACGAGUUACUGGAGAGAUGAGAUCAGGGAUUUAAGAGUGCACAAAAUUACAUCCACACGUGCACUUCAUGUUAUGUAAGAGCCCUGACUGUUUCGCUGUGUGCUGUAGGAUAACAGAGGCAGUGAGCGGAGAGGCAGAGCAGAUGCUGGAUGCACACACGGGGAAAUUUACAUUUUUCACUGAAAGAGAGACAGAGAAGAGGACGCACAGAGCUGCCAUUUUCAGGCAACAUGGACAUGGCUUGGACUGAGCGACAUCUUUAGUGAAAACAAAUGUGUUUCUGUGACAUUCUCUCAUUUGGCAGAAUGAAUGGAUUAUGGUCAUCCAUAUUUGAAUUGCUUCACAGAUUUCUGUAAUAACCUGAGGUCAUAUCUGCUUUGUGCUGUGGCCCCUGGGGGGCCUUUGAUGAUGACAUCAAAGUGGCGCAUGGUGUGGGUUGUGUGUGGACUGACUGUAUGGUUUCCCCACAUUCACGCAGCCUCAGUGAGCCCCAUUCUGCUCAUGACCACCUCUGCUUCAUCCACUCCUGCUUCAUCCACUGAGGAGCAAUCAACAGACCCAGAACAUCAAAAUGAUGUUCCACACAACAGCAACAACACAGCCUCAGUAAAUCCCAUUCUGCUCGUGACCACCUCUGCUUCAUUCACUGAAGAUCAAUCAACAGACCAUCAGAAUGACCCAACAGGUCCACCCAACAACAACACAGCCUCAGCAAAUCCCAUUCUGCUCGUGACCACCUCUGCUUCAUUCACUGAAGAGCAAUCAACAGACCCAGAACAUCAGAAUGACCCUAUAGAUCCACCCAGCACAGACACGGCCUCAGUGAGCCCCAUUCUGCUCAUGACCACCUCUGCUCCAUCCACCAAUGAAAAACCAACAAAUCCAACAGAACAUCACACUGACUCUACACAACCACCCAUCAGCAACAACACAGGACUUAAAUGUAUGUCUCUACUGCCCCCUCGACGGGGGUCAUACUAUGUGGAGCAUGGCACAGGGGUGUCUCUGGGCUCCAUGCUUGUAUUCUGGUGCAGGGAGGGCUACCAACUGGUCGGCCAUGAGAAAAUCACUUGCCUUCUGCAAGCAGGCGUCCCUCGCUGGAGCAGUUAUCUGCCAGUCUGUGAGAGUAUCCCUAGACCAAAUGACCAGGGUCUUCGCAUUGCUUUGCUGGUGUCUGUAGUGAGUGGGGUGGUCAUUCUCAUCAUGACUGUGUGUUUCAUCGUCUGCUGUUGUCAAGAACACAUGAGCAAAAAGAAGGAAAACUACCGGACAGGCAGAAGCAGGAGAAAAGAAAAGCGGAGCUCUAGAUUUCGGAGGAGCCCGUCCUGGUUGGAGAGAGAGCAAAUAGACUGGGAGGCAUUCCCGCCGCCUAAACUCUUUAGCUUGUCCCAGCGUCUUGAUCGACCACUGCCCCCUGGAAGCCCUGUUUAUUCGGAAGUCAUCAGAUCCUAUGAGAACAGAGGGUAUGAGAGGAGUCAGGAGAGCCUGAUGAGGAGCGCACACACUGCACAGCCCACACACCCAACCAACAGUCAAAUCUAUCCAGCCCUUGUUUUCCAGAGGGUCCAAGCAGAACCAAACCCAACUACCUCCUCCACCGCCCCAGUAUACAUACAGAUUUCAACUCCUCCCAAAAACAAGACUACAUGCAGUCCUGCAGUCAACCCAUGAAUUCAUUCAGGGGGGAUGCAACCUCAUCAGCAGCACUGAAUGUGGCCAAAGUGACAGAAAACACUACACAGCUAUCGAAACUAAAAUGUAUAUGGCCUUUGUGAGUAGAAGCACUUUGAUAUUUCUGCAGUAAAGCUGUACAUUUUCUGUAAAUAUUUUGUUUUGGGCCCGAUUAUUCUUGUAUAUCUUUAACUAGCACAAAAGACACUUAAUUUAUCUAAUCUGUAAAUAAAAGUUUGAAUAUUGUGUGACAAUAACCAAACCAAUAUCUUUUGUUUUGCACAUUUUAAAUGUUUUCCAAGGUGACCGCCGGUUUUAAUUCAUUCUUUGCUGUAGAAGAGCAAUACCUCCAGAAUUUCAUACAGUUUGAAACUGAGUCAUUUGUUAACUUACAAUCGAACUGUAAAAUUUGCACUUUAUAUGCACUGAUUCAUUUGUAAUAAAGUGUUGUGUCAAUCUA